AUGAUCUCACCUCUCCUAGCAGCGCGCUCGCUGACCCCAGCGCACACUGCCGCACCGGACUCAGUCACGGUGUUGCACCGCCCCCCUUUCGUCUCCCCAAGAGAGUCGCACUCUGUUAUCAUCGGUGAGGCUUCGUCAUCGCCCACGAUUGCAGGCUCAAACUUGGCAGCCACGUUUAUCGAAGAAACGUUCAACUUGAAUGUGGACCUCGUUUCGACCUCGACUGCGGGCGACACGGUUCUCGCCACUCCAUUGAAGUCCGAGACGUGGGAGUCCCUGCAGCCAAACCCCAAUUACGACCUCCUCAAGACCAAUGGCCGCUGCCUCGCGACCAAGUCGACGUCAUCGACGCCAUCAACGCCUUCUUCGCGGACCGCAAAGCGGUUGGUCACGUCCGCAAUAGCAUUUGACCUUACAGCAGCUUUGGUAUUCUGA